AUGACAACCCAAAGUGACGUGAAGCCUCCAGUUGAUCAUAUUGAGGAUGCAACGAAUUCCAGAAUUGGCAACAAGAGAACUGGAGAUGCCGCCCUAGAGCUAUUCAAUGAUCCAAAGGAAAUCCAUGCAUUUGUGGACCCUGCUGAGGAGAAGCGCCUCAUGCGAAAAAUUGACCUGAUGAUACUUCCAUGCUUAUCUGUCUGCUACGUCUUUUUCUAUAUUGACAAGACGACGCUCUCCUACGCUGCUAUCUUUGGAAUUAGCAAUGACUUACAUCUCGUCGGAACCCAGUAUAGCUGGCUGUCAUCAAUUUUCUAUUUUGGGUUUCUGGCUUGGCAACUGCCAACCAAUCUCUUAAUGCAGCGAUUUCCAACUGCAAAAUAUCUUAGUCUGAACAUUAUUCUCUGGGGUAUCCUCCUUGCACUCCAGGCCGUAACAAAGAAUUUCUCGACACUGGCUGUUCUUCGAGGACUGAGUGGUGCCGCAGAAGCUUGCGGUGAUCCAGCAUUUAUGUUGAUCACUGGAAUGUGGUAUACAAGGCGCGAACAGCCCAUCAAGAUUGGCCUGUGGUACUCCUCCUUGGGCCUCGGAAUUGCGGGAGGCGGUCUGCUGGGCUAUGCAAUCGGUCAAAUCAAAGGGUCACUGCCAAGCUGGCAGUACGAAUUCAUCAUCAUCGGAGCCCUUUGCAUUGCCUGGGGCAUCGUCAUGUUCAUCGUUCUCCCCGACUCGCCAGUCUCAGCUCCACUGUUGACUAUGGACCAGAGAAAAAUGGCAGUUGAGCGACUGCGCGAGAAUCAGACGGGAAUCGAAAACAGAAACUUCAAGCGCUACCAAUUGAUCGAAGCUUUCACAGACCUCAAAGUGCUAUGCUUCUUCCUCAUUGCUCUCCUCCAGGCAAUUGUGAAUGGGGGUAUCACUAAUUUUGGCACACUGAUUGUGAAGGGCUUUGGAUACACAACUUUGGGAACCACUCUUUUGCAAAUUCCAUAUGGUGUCUUUAUUGCCCUCGUCAUUCUGUUUUGCGUCUGGGUCAAUGACAAGAUGCCACCUAACAGCAGAUGCCUGAUGAUCCUGAUUUUCCUUUUCCCCAACAUCGCCGCAGCAUUUGGUCUGCGAUUUGUGCCUAAGAGUGCUAAAGUGGGACGACUUAUCUGCUACUAUUUGACGGGGUCUUACAAUGCCUCGUUCGUGAUGCUCCUCUCCUUGACUACCGCCAACAUCGCCGGUCACACGAAGAAAGUCACGAGCAGUGCUUGCCUCUUCGUUGGAUAUUGUGUCGGAAACAUUGCUGGUCCAUUCUUUUACAAAUCUGAUCAAGCUCCAGACUACUCACUUGGUAUCUGGAGCAUGAUAGUCUCACAUCUUCUCGAGGUCGUGGUUGUUGCAUUCCUGUGGAUCCUGUUGAAGCGGGAGAACCAGAGACGGGAUGAUCUUCAAAGUGGUACUGGCGGUGCAGCUGCUGAAGAAUCUGGCUUCGAUGCUGACUUAUCAGCAUUCAGCGACAUGACGGACAAGGAAAAUCCAAACUUUAGAUAUGUUUAUUAA